AUGGUAGACAAUGACUAUAAUACCAAAUCAAUAACUGAUGCUAUAAAUCGUAUCUUUUCAAUUCAAUGGAAUUUAAUACCAACACAAUUAAAUUCAGAUUUCAAACUUCAUAUUGAAAAUUAUAGACAUUUCUUACCUAAGAUAGUAUCAAGAUAUCAAAUAUAUUCAAUAAUACCUAAUAAUCAAACUUUUGUUGAUCAAAAUGUGGAAUUAUUAGUUGAAGAUGGUGCAUUGAGAAAAUUUAUAUUACAUGAACAUGAUGAUUUGAAUGAUUUAUUAAUGAAAAAAGAAGAUUAUGAUGAAUAUAUACAACUAUUAAUGAGAAUGUUUCAUAAUGAUGACGUUUGUGUCAAGGCUUUCAAAGGUUUACAAAAAUUCCAAAGUGAAAAUUUAAAAGUAGUUAAGUUUUCAAAAGAUCAAAUAUCACCAUCAUUCAUUACCGAAGAAGGUUUACAAAGAUUGAUUGGGUUAGAUUUAUUAGAAAUUCUUCCACAAUCUUCAUCAAACAAAUCGACAUUGAAAUUAAGUCAUCCUAAAUAUGGAUAUAUAAUAAACCUAUAUCAAAAAUCUAAAAAUUUUAUAUUGAAAACUAUUUCAAGAAAUAAAUGGAAAGAAAUUAAACAUAAUGAAUUAUAUGAAAAAUGGGAAUCAAAUAAAUCAAAAUUCAAAGAUUUUAAAGGAUUAAAUCUGUAUUGGAUAUUACAUUGGUUAAUUGGUGAAGGUAUUUUAGAAAUUUUUAAGAUUUCUGAUGGGACUGGUUAUAAAAUUAUUCGUCAAUAA